GAUGAGCGCCCCGCACCGCUGCUGGCUGCGGCCGCUGCUCGCCGCCUGCCUGGCCGCCCGCCUGGCCGCCCUGCCCGCAGCCAGCGCCUGCCCCCGCCUCUGCGCCUGCUACGGCCCCGCCGAGGUGCACUGCACCUUCCGCUACUUCACCGCCGUGCCCCCGCGCAUCGCUCCGGACGUGGAGCGCAUCAACCUGGGGUACAACAGCUUGCUUUCACUGACUGAAACGGACUUCGCUGGCCUGGAGAAACUGGAGUUACUGAUGCUGCACAGCAACGAGAUACAUGCAAUCCCUGAUAAGGUAUUCAGGGAUUUACGCUCGCUACAGGUCUUAAAAAUGAGUUACAACAAGGUCAGUGAACUUCGACAAGAUGCUUUUUAUGGCUUGAAGAGCUUGGUCCGGUUGCACAUGGACCACAAUGAAAUUGCAUUUGUAAAUCCCAACGUUUUCUAUGGCCUCACAUCACUGAGGUUGGUCCAUUUGGAAGGAAAUUUACUGAAGCAGCUCCAUCCGGAUACUUUUGUCACCUUGCGCUACCUCCAAAUAUUUAAACUAUCCUCCAUAAAGCACAUACACUUGUCAGACAACGCGCUGACCUCGCUACCACGAGAAAUGUUUUCCUACACGUCUGAGCUAGAGAGCAUUUACCUUCAUGGAAACCCAUGGUCCUGCGACUGCAAUCUACAAUGGCUGGCAGAAUGGGCAAAACAGAGACCAGACAUCAUAAAGUGCAAAAAAGACCGAAGUUCUGGCGCUCAGCAGUGCCCGGUUUGUGCCAGCCCCAGGAACUGCAAAGGGAAGAACUUUGUGGGCAUUCCUCCUGCAGCUCUAACCUGCACUAAGCCAGUCAUACAUCACGCCCUGAAACUCAAAAACCUCACGGUGCCCGAGGACGGGGACUUCAGCUCCAUAUCUCCCAAGGACUUCCUAGCUCCCGUAGGAUCCGUGGUUUUGAACAUGACUGACCAAGGAGGAAAUCGAGCUAACUUGGUUUGCAAUGUCCAGAAGCCAAAAGAAAUGUCUCCAGUCUCAUUUGACAAAGACAACAAUGUCACAGUACUCAGAACUUCAUUCUCAUCGUUUCUCGUGUGUGACAUUGCCUACGGACACAUUCAGCAGCUGUGGAGCAUACUGGCCCUGUACAGUAAUUCUCCCCUCACACUAGAAAGGAGCGCCCUCACAACAGAAAUGCCUUUUAUUACAAACCACUAUAAGCAAAUCUACUCUGAAAAAGAUGAGCUUUUUACCAACGUGGAGGCUGAACUCAGAGCUGAACCAUCCUGGUUAAUGCAAAACAAAGUGGCAUUGCAGCUUGACAGGACAGCAACCACGCUCAGCACGCUGCACAUCCAGUACUUCACUGAUGCUCAGAUUAUUUUGCCCGCUGCUGACAAAAACGAAGUGGGAAAUAACUGGACAGUCAUCUCCAGGGACAACAAAACACAAACAGAGCACACUGUGCUAGUCGGGGGGACCGUAGAACUGGAUUGCCAUGCAAUCGGAGAACCGGCUCCUGCAAUAGAGUGGAUAUUGGCUGACGGGAGCAAAGUCAGAGCCCCUUAUAUCAGCGAGGAUGGGAGGAUUAUAGUAGUAAAAGCCGGAACACUGACGUUACAAACAGCUGAUGCGUUUGACACUGGGCUCUAUCAUUGCAUAGGCACAAAUUAUAACGAUGCAGAUAUUCUCACGUUUAGAAUUACCGUGGUUGAUCCUUACGUGGAACCCAGCAGUGUAAAUGGGGCCCAACUUUCCACAGGAGUUGGCAGCGUUCUGGACCUUCCCUGUACCUCUGCUGCUGUUCCAGACGCUGCCAUUAGUUGGGUGUUACCUGAGCGCGUGGUUCUUCAUCAUUCUGCAGGAAACAAACAUAUUUUUGACAACGGUACCUUGAGAAUACAGAGGGUUACGGAGCGAGACAGUGGCUACUUUAGAUGUGUUGCAGCCAGCCAGUACGGCAUCGAUCUUUUGAUUUUCCAAGUGCUGGUUAGAGAGGACAAAACCACCCCACAGAAAGUGCCUGUAGCUGCGCGAGAGUGGGAAGAGAGUGACGGUUCUGGCAAUGCAGUGCUGUCCUCAGCUAGAGGAAAUCAAAAUUCUUCAGCUGUCCUGGUGACCCCAAUGUCUGGUCAGGAGCCCGCUGCACCAGCACGCAGACAGCAGGGCGCACACAGCACCCGCAGGAGGACGACGUCCCAUCACCACAGGGACAGAGCCGGCAGGAGGCUCAGGGGGCACAGAAGGCACUUUGGCUCCUCAGCCAAGAGAGCCAACCCCCAGCGCUGGGCAGCCUUUCUGGAAAAGGCGAAGAGGAACCCAACCUGGAUAGGAAAACAAGAAGUGGAAACGAACCCGCCUGGUCAAGCCCGCGAGUUCUCAGCGGGGCCUGUGGAUGAGGAGGAAACGUCCGGUGAUCCCAUCUCUCCAGAACAAGAGUUCAUGAUGCUGGUAACAGAGAAGGCCGCCGUGUCUUCCAUGGGGAGCACAGGAGGAAGCGUGACCCCCGCGGGGGCCGGGACCCCCCUACCCACUCCCUUCCCACAGCCUGUCCCAUCUGCCAGCCCAACACCAGCAGAUCUAAACCCUAUGGCCACAACCUCAAACUCAUGGGAAAGACCUGAGUUAAGCCAAACGUCAGCAAACGGUAGGAAACAACCAACAGCAGCACACGUAGCAAGCAAAACAUCUGCACUCGUCAGUGCUCAGCAAAGAUCGGAGUCUCCUGGAGAACAUACUAAUGGGCAUGUAAAGGCUGUAUCUGUGACAACCAUGGCAAAUGUUACUGACAGCAGCAAACAUACAGCUUCUCAAAAUACACUGGGCGAGCUGCGUGGUUUUACAGGGUUUACUGACGAGAUUUCCACCAAAACAGGUGGACAGGCAUCUGCAGCAAUAGUCGGUGAGCCACACCCGGGGUUCAGCCACAUUCACUUCCACAGAGCUCAGAAACCAGUAACUCCUGCGCUACCACUGGGCCCAAGACUCGUUACUCUUCAGCACGCUGAAACUGUUCGGGAUGUGACAACUCAGGCACCUCGGGCCCAGCAGCAAUAUGGGAGAAGGAGGAAAAUUUCUGGUAGGAGAAAAAUGGUCAGGCCAGGACGUCUUUUGAGUAUGAGAGAGCACAGGCGCAAUUUAGGGAAGCAAGGCUCUGCCAGAGGAAGAACAGCCACUGCUCCAAGUGUCCUGCUGAGAUCAACACACAGCUCUAACUUACCGGCCUUAAACGAUUCACGCAGCAGCAUCAACCCACUCCCCCCAGAAGCGCCUCUGUCCUCCCCCACUACCACAAAUACGCCCUCAGAGCACCCAGCAGGCACAGUUCAGGGCGCAGCAUUCCUCAUGGAAGAGAACACUGCACCUGCUGCAAGGCAAGGAGCUGCUUCCACAGCAGCGCCUAUCACCACUAAAAGCACCGGAGACGCUGCCCAGAAGGAACCAGAGAGCAGAGCUCCACGGCAGAGCAGCACUUACAGAGCACAGCCUGUUAGCAGCAGACUGCCAACGACGGCAACACGCACAGCUCACGUUGCAGAAAUCACACACGUAACGAGCACGGGGAUUGCUUCUGCUUCCGAGUCUGUCUCCUCCACAUCCUCAUCCAAAAACUCCCAGGGGGGGAAAAUUACAGGAGCGCUUCUCUUUGGAAAUGACACACAAAAGGAGGUUCUGGGGACAGAUGUGUUUCCACCAACAGAGGUAUCAGCCUUGCUUCUUCAAACUACAGCAGUGGCAUCUAGGCCCCAAGUCUCCCCUUUGCCCUUCACACCCAUCCCAGCGGGCGUCAAUCGCAGCGGUGGAUUCCCACCUUUAGGCAAACCCACUGACAGCGGUGGUACGUCAGAGGAGCGCCCUGACCCCAGCCCUGUGGCGAGCACGAUCGGAGGAAUGGGCGGAGCGAGCCCAAAGCCAACAGCGACAGCUUCUACGGCUCCUCAAACCAAUGCCAACAUCACCACAAGUAGAGUGUUCAGAAUGGGAAGAAGGAGAGGCCAGAGGAGGAGGAGGCCUCCUAAAACACCUCCUUCACAAAGCCCGACUGCAGGCCCCCGCCCUCCAGCGGCUCCACCUGCAGACACAGCCUCAGUCAGCCCGCCGGCUGUGCCUGCAAGGGACGCACCCCCAGCAGCGGUGUCUGACAGCCCGCCUGCAGGCUUGGCGACAGCUCUGCAGGCCCUCACCACACCGGGCAUGGCACAGCGUGGGCCCACGGCAGCCCUGCAGACAGCAGCAGCCCCCAGCAUGGGGGUGAGCACCCGCCCUGUGCCACUGCUGCCCCACAGCCCUCGGCCACACACCCCCGCUGCAACGACCCCAACCCCACCGCUGCCCUCGGAGCCUCUCGGUGCCACACGUGUGCAUCCUGCUGCAGUCGGUGCCACAGCGGGCUCAGAACCCGCUCAGCAAGUCAGAGCCUCCACACCGGCUGCUGAGCAGCCACACCUGGGGACAGACGAGGAGGUGACGCGAGGUGGCCCUGCAGCCCUGGGCAGCGCUAAGCCGAGCAGCAGAGCUCUGGGCACCGCAGCUCCCCGAGCCCGGCGUCCUGCCCCAGUGCCAGGCCCAGCACCGCCCGCGGGGGGAACCGUUGCCGGGCUGCCACCUGCAGAAUGGGGAGGCAAAACCUUCACGGCCGACACAUCAACCGUGCCAACAGCACGGCACGUGGCUGCCCCACGUGCACACCUGUGGGGCGGCUCUGCCAAUGGCUGGUCUGACCAGAGACAGGGUCAUGAAACCACCACCAGCAUCCCUCUGUCCUUGUUCUCUUUAAGCGGAAACUAUUUCACAAAGCCCAGAAUAAUUGGAGGAAAAUUAGCUGCCUUCACCGUGCUGGCCAACUCAGAUGCUUUCAUUCCAUGUGAAGCUACAGGCAACCCCCACCCAACGAUAGAGUGGACCAAGAUCUCCCCAGAGACCGGUGCCGCAGCGGGCAGCAGGCGGACGGUGCUGGCCAACGGCACGCUCGCCAUCACGCGGGCGGCCCUGCAGGACGGCGGGCAGUACCGCUGCACCGCCACCAACGCGCUGGGCACGACACAGCUCCUGGCCACGCUGGCCGUGGUGGCCUACCCGCCCCGCAUCGCCGGUGGCACGCGGCUCCUCACUGCCCAUGCCGGGAUGCCCGUGGCCAUGAGGUGCCCGGCUGAGGGCAGACCCCCUCCCUCCAUCUCGUGGGUUCUGGCCAACGAAACGCACGUCUCCAGCUCUUCCCAGGGCAAUCAGAAAGUUCUCGUGCAGCCAGAUGGCACCUUAACGAUCAAGGACGUCACGGUUUAUGACAGAGGCCUCUACACGUGCACCGCCAAAAAUCCAGCCGGCACCGACACGCUGACGGUCAAGCUGCAGGUCAUCGCAGCACCCCCCGUCAUACUGGAGGAAAAGAGGCAGCAGAUCACAGCCAUGGCGGGGCAAGACCUGAGCCUCCCGUGCACUGCGGAAGGGAAUCCUCAGCCCCAUGUCCACUGGGUCCUCUCGGAAGGGACGGUGGUGAAGCCCCUGCAGUUCGUAAACACCCGGGUAUUGCUGCUCCCCAGCGGCACCCUGCGGCUCAGCGGCAUCGUGCCUGCUGACAGCGGGAACUACGAGUGCAUUGCCACGAGCUCGACGGGCUCGGAGCGCCGGGUGGUGAGCAUCGCGGUGCGGCAUCAGGACGUGCUGCCAAGGAUAGCUGCCGCCUCCCAGGGGAUGACUCAGCUCAAUUUUGGGGAUAAACUGCUACUGAACUGCACAGCCACGGGGGAGCCCAAGCCCAGGAUAAUCUGGAGGCUGCCUUCCAAGGCGGUCGUGGACCAGUGGCACAGAAUGGGAAGUCGAAUCCAUGUGUACCCCAAUGGAUCCUUGGUUAUUGAGGCCGUUACUGAAAAGGAUGCAGGGGACUAUUUGUGUGUCGCAAGAAACAAAAUUGGAGAUGAUCUGAUACUGAUGAAAGUCAGCAUCACAAUGAAACCAGCCAAGAUUGACCAGAAACAGUAUUUCAAGAAACUGGUGCCCUAUGGAAAAGAUUUCCGGGUGGACUGCAAAGCCUCUGGGUCCCCUGCACCAGAAAUAUCCUGGAGUUUGCCGGACGGGACAGUGAUCAACAACGCGAUGCUGGCAGACGACAGCGGACACAGGUCUCGCAGAUACGUCCUCUUUGACAACGGAACUCUGUAUCUCAACAGAGCUGGAGUAACAGAGCAGGGAGAUUACACCUGCUACGCUCAGAAUACUCUGGGGAGAGACGAAAUGAAAAUCCACAUCACGGUUGUCAUGGCAGCCCCUCAGAUAAAGCACAGUUACAAGACGUACAUUAAAGUGAAAGCCGGGGACACGGCGCUAUUGGACUGUGAAGCUGUAGGAGAACCCAAGCCAAAAAUAUUCUGGUUGCUGCCUUCCAGUGACAUGAUCUCCUCUUCCACAGACAGGCACCUCCUGCACGCUAACGGCUCCCUGUCCGUCCACCGAGCCAAGCUGCUGGACGCCGGGGAGUACAUGUGUGUUGCUCGUAAUGCUGGAGGGGAUGAUACAAAGCUGUAUAAACUGGACGUCGACGCUAAGCCACCUAUCAUAAAUGGUUUUCACACCAACAAAACAAUCAUUAAAGUGACAGCAGUGAGGCACUCGAAGAAACAGAUUGACUGCAGGGCAGAAGGGACGCCUCCCCCUCAGAUCAUGUGGAUCAUGCCCGACAACAUUUUCCUGACAGCUCCAUACUACGGCAGCAGGAUUGUCGUACACAGAAAUGGAACACUCGAAAUCCGGAACCUAAGGCCUUCCGACACAGCAGAUUUUAUCUGCGUGGCACGGAACGACUGGGGAGAGAGCAUGCUGGUGGUGCGGCUGGAGGUACUGGAAAUGCUAAGGCGACCGAUGUUUAAAAAUCCAUUCAAUGAAAAAAUAAUAGCAAAACCCGGAAAAACAACCAUACUGAACUGCUCUGUGGAUGGAAACCCUCCUCCUGAAGUAAGCUGGAUGUUGCCCAACGGCACAUGGUUCUCCAAGGGGACCGUGAUGUCCGAGUUUCUCCCAGGAAGCAACGGAACCCUUACCAUCCACAAUCCCAGCAGGGACAAAGCAGGGAAGUAUCGCUGUGCAGCUAAGAACCAAGUGGGCUAUAUUGAAAAGCUGAUCAUCCUGGAAGUUGCCCAGAAGCCCACCAUCCUCAUUCACCCCAAGGGGCCAGUGAGGGCCAUCAGUGGGGAAUCGCUAUCGCUUCACUGCCUGUCCGACGGCAGCCCCAAACCCAACACGGCGUGGACUCUUCCAGGUGGCCACGUGCUGGACCGACCUCAGAUCAACAGCAGAUACAUUCUGCUGGAAAACGGCACGCUGGUUAUACGAGCAGCUGCCAUUCACGACAGAGGAAAUUACGUGUGUAAGGCUCAUAACGCCGCCGGAGAUUUGUCUAUAACCAUUCCUGUCACUAUUGUAGCCUAUCCGCCAAGGAUUACAAACAGACCCCCGCAGACCAUCCACACCGUGCCUGGUGCAGCCCUUCAGCUCAGCUGCACGGCGCUGGGAAUACCAAAGCCAGAAAUUACAUGGGAAUUACCUGACCACUCCAUACUUUCUACAGGUAACCACGGCCGAGCAUCCGGCAGAGAACUGCUGCAUCCCCAGGGGACGCUGGUCAUCCAGAACCCCCGGCCGUCAGAUUCUGGAACGUACAAGUGCACAGCAAAGAAUCAUCUUGGCAGUGAUUUCACAGUAACAUACAUUCAUGUCAUUUGAAAUAAGGAUUACAGAAUGAACAAGUGGUAGCGAAGUCUACAGCUGAACUGAGUUUAUUCCUGGAAUAAGUUUAAUCGAAGGCAGCCAAAGGCACAUAAGUGCCUAAAUACAUUUACAGGAUUCAGUCUGCAAUGGCCACACAAAAAAGAAAAAGGGCUUUGGGAAAAUUAGAUCUAGCAUUACUAUCCAGCAUUGACUCAGUGAUCGAGGGGACCUAAAUAAAACUGAACUUCAGGCACUUUUGCCCUGCCAGCAAACGUGGAAUAUUAAAUAGGACUACUCUCUAGAAAUAUACCUAGAGAACUUCUGAACAGGAUUGACUUUUCCAUAUUACAUUAAUAAUGUCCACCUUCUAUGGCUAUCACAAGCGUGGAUCAGAAAGCAAGAGUAUCCAAGAACCAAAGAGUAGACUUUACUGUGAUGCAGAUUACCUUCUUAACAUGUUUGAUCAUUUGGUAUGGGUUUCUUUUUUAAAUAAACAUUCAGUGGUGAAACAAGCAGUGAAGACUGGUUCACAGUCUUUUGUGCCAAACGCUGGGAGGAUGCAUGCAGAAGAAUUCGGGCUUUAGUCCAGGUUGGCAUAAUUUUCCUAUUGUCACAAAAUUACUUUUAAAGAUUUCUCACUUAGAAAACAAUUACAUCAGCCUGCAUGUCAACUGAGAAUUCUGGUUUCUCAGUUCACCGGCUAGGUCUAAGGAGUGACCUUUUGUGCAAGAGGAAAAGCACGGCUUCCUAACAGAGGGAAAUGGCUACACACACCUUCUGCACAACUGAAUGGUGAAGUGGACUGCUCAAAUAACUAUCAGCCAGUAACUAAAGCUCCGAGUGUCUCACUCACAUUCUUCCUAAGGGCGCUAAACACCAGGACAGAAGGUCGGAAGAGCCUUUCCCCUAAACUCACCAACUGGAGACACACCCUUUAAAAUAACAAAAGAGAAGUUCAAGAACUGUAGCCUACCUCUUCUGGGACAAAGCAUCCAUCGCUCCUAAGGACAGUCUGCAACAAAACUCCUCAGUGCUACACAGCAUCCAAACCUCCCGCAGUAACACCUCAGCAGGGGCUGAUUAACACACAAAGUUCUCAUGAGCGGGAAAGCAUUCAAAUGCAGAUUCUGUCAUCACAUUUAACCACGCCACGGUUGACCUGGGGAUUUAUGUUACUUAUUUGUUUAUUUAAGACUUUAAACUCAGCUGGGGCAGCCUUUGUGCUGGCAUGACCAUUCCCGGACAUCUGCUGCUCCUGGUUUGCCGUGUGCUACCUUCCACAGAUGGUCGGAGUGGCCACAACAGGCUGGAUUCCACCAAUGUCACUUGUCAGUGCCUGCGACAGCUUUAACUACUGUGGAGAACAGCACACUUCCACCAGGGAUAAGUAAAUCCCUGUAAAAAAAGAACUGAAAUAAUUUUUAUGCAAGUUAGACUUACCUGACUAGUUUAAAAGACAAUCAGAAUCUACAGAACAUUAACUGUUUUAUAUGAUUAAAUCUUAUAAAUGAGAUCACGUAAGGCAAAUACAGCAGUUUACAGCUUGAACAACUCCCGUUGUUGUAGGCAAUACGGCAAUUAUGACUAGCACAAACCUCUUAACUUCCUGGCCAACUCAGAAAGCAUAAAGGAGAGCAUCGUGGUUUUAUAGUUAGAGUUUCCGUGCAGAUCUGAUUUCUGUAAUUAAUCUUGAUUCACACAGAACCAACGGUACACCACUGAAGCUCAGCCAGAAAUGAAGCAUCUAACCCAGAAUUUUAAAAACAGUUAACAUGCAAAGUAAGUAAAAGUUGCACAGAUAACGGGAACAGCUCCUACAGGGCUGCUGCAGUAUGCACAGGCAGCAGCCCCAGAAGCAGCAGGAAGGACUGUGGCGGCUUCUUCACCCUCUCUUUGUGAAACCUGGUGUGAGAU